ACAAAACAAAGCGACAUUUUCUAAAAUCAUUGAACAAUAUCGUCCCGGGUCGAAAAAACUGUUUCACACUUGAUCACUCAACGCACACAUUUUCGAUUAAAAUACGCUUUUUGUGGUAACGGUGAAAGUACAACUUAUUAAUAUAAAUAGAAAAUUUCACAACAAACGGCAUUCAGAUUUGUCAAGCCGCAAAGAUGAAACUGUUGGCAGGAUUGUUGGUUUUGAGCAUAAUUGCAUCAUUCGCAAUGUCGGUUCCCACCGAAAAUCAGGCCGAGAGCGUCCUGAGGGCGCAGAGACAAGCAGGGGGGCACCACCAUCACGAUUCUGUCGAUUUUGGGGCCCACAAGGGCGAGCAUGGGUCGUUUGGGUGGUACGCCGACUUCCCGGUGCAUGGACAUGGACAUUAAUUGUAUUUUCCUCCUCUUCCUUCACUACUUUUCUUCUCUUUUUUUUCUUCUUCUUUCUUUACUCGUCUGUAUUUAUUGCAACUGUUAUUUUUACACUCUUUCUUACUUUACCAAAAAAUAAAAGACCCUUGACAUAGA